AUGGCAUACAUAACAAACACACUUACCGUUAUUGUAACGUUACUAACAUGUGUCGGUUACAUUUUACCAAACGCUUACGACUACAGUUACAAUCCGUAUGUCAAAGAAUAUACUAGAAACAUAAGUUUAAAACAAGGCGUGUUGCAAGGUGUGCUAGUGGAACCCAAACUCGGUCGUGGUGAACAUUAUCGUGUCGGAGUGUACAGGGGAAUUCCCUACGCGGCUCCACCGGUUGGAGAUUUACGGUUUAUGCCGACUGUUGGUGCUCCGUCUUGGUUUGGCGUUAAAUAUGCAGAUACAUUUGGACCGGUUUGUCCACAAAAGUUUCCCGAUGAAAAGAAGAUGCCAACUUUCAGAAGGGAGCACUUUCUUAGACUCAAAGAGUAUUUGAACAAUCAAAGUGAAGACUGCCUAUAUCUAAAUAUCUACGCUCCCAUUACUGACAAUAAACUAACUACGAGAAAAUAUCCCGUAAUGGUUUUCAUAAGUGGCGAAUCCUUCGAAUGGAACUCCGGCAAUCCUUAUGAUGGCAGCGUCCUAGCAGCAUAUGGAAACGUGAUAGUGGUGACCAUAAAUUUCCGGCUCGGAAUCUUAGGUUUCUUGAAAGCUGGCACUGAAGAAAUGUCGAAGAGCAACUUUGGUUUGGUAGAUCAGAUCGCGUCUCUAGUUUGGAUUAAAGACAACAUCGCAGCUUUCGGAGGAGACAGUAAUUCCGUUACGCUGUUUGGACAUGGUACAGGGGCAGUUUGUGCCAGCCUUCUUAUGAUUAGUCCUAUGGUUUUAAAAGGAAAUGAAAGAUUAUUUCAUCGGACAAUCCUGAUGGGCGGGACAGCUCUGGCUGAUUGGGCAUUAGCCGGCAAUCCAGGCGAAGUAACAUAUCAAGUUGCGAAAGCACUGAACUGUCAAAUACACGACGAUUUUGCUGAAUGUUUGAGACGGAAGAGGCUCGAUGAAAUCAUGGCUGCAGGUGCAAUCACGCCCGAUUACAAGACCCGCUUCGGUCCUGUUGUGGAUUCUCUAGUCGUGCCUAAUGAUCCGAAGAAAUCUAUGACUCAGUAUAACGAUAUAUUUCGCAGAUUCGAACUAAUGUACGGAGUAACAGAAAUCGAGAGCAUCAACUUAUUGGACCCUCUUACGUUCAGCCAAGGUCUUCUUUUAAAGGAGCGUGAUAAAGAGCUGCGCACGUAUUUCCGGACCCGGUGCGAGAUAAAACCGGAACUCUGCUUGCAGCGCACUCUUGAUGAGUACGGUCAGAGCGAUAUUUCACAGAACAACAUCGAGAAGAAAGACGGUGUUUAUGAUUACAGCGGUUACGAACCUGAUCAGGCGUCGCUAGCGAGAAAUGCUCUUCUCGAUAUCUUAUCCGACGCCCGUUCCGUAGCGCCGAUCGUGCAAAUGGCCAGAUAUCAUGCCGCAGUCAACAUGCAGUCGUAUUUUUAUGUUUUCAAACACAGAACACAUUCCCGAGAAUAUAUAAGAGACAAGAGCUACAGUGGUGAAGAGUUGCCGUACGUUUUUGGGGUUCCUCUGGGCGGCCCGAAGUUCCAUUUUGUCGACUCCUACACGGAACAAGAACGUCUGUUUUCCGAAAUAGUUAUGAUGUAUUUCUCCAACUUUGCGGAAACUGGUAAUCCCAACGUCCCUAGAAAAGAGCGUUUCAACAGUAUGAGCCCCGCCUACUGGGCCCAAUUCGACGUGGAAUGGCCGGAAUUUGAUCUCAAAGAUGAAAGAUACUUGGAAUUAGAGAUUCCUCCGCAACCAAACCAGAACUACCGCAAACGCGAAGUAAAAUAUUGGAACGAAAUAUUUCCCACGAUUACCGAAAAUUUUACUUUUGGUUCAUUUCCACUGGCGCAUCCGACGAAGAAGAGUUUCUAUUCCCCUCCAUCACCAUCCCAACGCACUCCACCACCUUGGCUAUACGAUAACUUACCAUACAAAAUUGGAACGGCGACAAAAAAUAAAUUCGAAAAUUUUGACAAACCCCUAAAGAAAUCAUCAAACGUUUUCGGUACGAUCGUUAAAACUGGAAACAGACCAGAUAACAUGGAGAAAGAUAUAUACGGAAAAAUCUUAGAAACUCCUGCUGAAGAGGUGAAACAGAGUUCUACGAUGAACGUAAUAACAGUAGCUGGUGGGCUAUUCCUUUUCGCCAAUAUUGUACUCCUCGUUAUUAUUUAUUUCAAAUGCAAAAGUAAGAGAAACGCCUCUAAGAUUACCAGUCUGCCUUUGCCUGAUGGUGAAAAAGUUCCAAAAGAUUCCGACGGUUUUGUUCUAAACGGAUGUAACAUAGUACGUAUGAUGAACAAUUCUUCAAAAAGUGACGAUACAUACGAAGCUGUCAAGCCAGAUUCUAGCCCGAAUUAUAAACUUUCAAGACAAAUGUCUGGCAGUACAAUCGAUGCCCACACAAAAGUAAGAGAAUGGAUUACACAGGAAAUUAUUCAAAAAUACAGUCCAAGAAUUUUUCGCAAAAGAAGGCCUGAACCUGGAAAACGACAUUCCCUCAUUCCAGACAGUUUUACUUUACCUCAAGAAAUUGAAAACAAUGAAAAUUUAGUACAAAGUGAUACAGCAAUGAAAACGUCUACUAUAACAAGACCUAAAGUGCCCAAAAUUUCAGUGGGAGUAGACGCCACACCCUCAGGAAGAGGGGCAAGUGUACUAAUGCAACAACCAAUCGAAAUGUCAAAAUCGUUUGAUUAUUCCUACAUGGAUGCAGAACCUAAAUCAUUUUUAAGAAGAUCGAUUACCUUAGAAGAUUUUUCCCCUAAAAACGAAUCAAAUUAUCACAAUCAACCUACCAUGGUGAAAAUAGAACACAAGCAUUCAAAUUCUGAUCCUGUACAGGAUUUAACUUAUUCCCAAUUAAAGAAACUAAAAACUUUUAAUCCUGACACAGAUAUCAGUGUUACUUGCAGAGAUGAAAUUGAUUCUCCAACGCCACUUACCCCAGAAGAAUCUCUUAUGACUAUUAAAAGAAGAAAUUUUCCCAAAGUAUUACCAGAUUAUCCUGAUAAAGCAUCAUUAUUAAAUAACAGAAGAUCCAUGCCUGUAUGUGCCUUAGCAGCUGUACCAGACUCUCAUUUACUGCUCUCAAAUCUAGCAGGUAGUUUUAGUAAGCUGCCUCCUACACCUCCACCCAGAACUACUACGCUUACAAAGCAAGCUAGUGAACCUCAGCCGAUUUUUAUCUCUGAACCGACGCUAAUGGAAGAAACCGAAGAAGAACCAGAAAUUGUUUGCAAUAAUUUAUAUUUUGGACCGCUUGUUCCUAAAAAUAAAGCUGCUACAUUGCCUAUGAAAGAAAGCGAAAUAAUAAAACCUAAACCCAUUGUAAGCCCUAAUAUAAAACGAGCUGAUCCAAAAUUUGUAAUUAAACCAACUUUAAGUAAGAAACCUUCAGAGGAGAAGUGUCAUAAAAAUAUUCCGAGAGUUUGUGUACCGGAUAAUCAACCCUAUCAACAACAAAUGCCUUUGAAAGAUGCUAAAAUUGGAUUGAAAUCAGAACAGUCGAUUAAAGAGAAUAUAGAUGAUAAUAAAACAGAUAAUAAAAAUGCUAAAAAAUCACAAAUACCUAUGCUUAUAAGAACUCCAAGUUUAAAUAAAGAAUCGUUUAGUUCUGAGUCCACUCCAUCCGAAGAAUCUGAUACAGGUACUGUAGUGAAAAAGGUAUAG